CACCACUUGUCCGAUUCCUCUAUUUUCGAACCCAUCACCACCGAUCAACAGCAGCUACACCAUUUACCACGACCUACAACCUCCACCUCGCACACAAAUCCGAUGGUCCCCCAGAACAGGGUCCCCCACCCUGGACAGACCCUUCCUCCCCCACCACCACCUUGAAAGCAGCAGCAGCAACAGCAACAGGCAACACGCAAACCCCCUCCGCACCAACCAACCAACCACACACAAUCCACCAUUCCCUCAAAUCCCAAGCUCGAUCCCAAGACGCCCACACAAUGACGUACCCCUCCACCCCCACCCCCACCCCCUCGGGCGUCACCACCACCUCACCAACCUUCACCACCCCGCUCACCCAAAACACCGCCCCGGUCAUCAAACACCGCUGCCUCUUCACGCACGACACGCGCCGCAAGGCCAAGCGCUGGCAGGACGGCUACCUGCGCUACCACACCUUCAACAAGCGCGUCAUGGCCUACGACACCAGCGGCAACUUCAUCGGGGAUCUGCACUGGCGCCAGGACGCGGCCGUGCAGGACGGCGACGAGCUCGAGCUGGAUCGCGGCGUGUUGGUGCAGGUCUGUGAGGCCGUUGGGCGGUCGGAGACGGAUCUGGGGGCUGUUUUGUCGCAUUCCCACGGUACGCAGGGUUCGGUUGCGGGGUCGCCUUUGAGAAUGUCUGGGUUGGCGGGGUCGCAGCCGCAGCCGCAGCAGUCUAUGCGGUCUUUGAAUGAUUUGCUGGGGAUCAGGAAGACGAUGCCAACUUUGGGGGGGACGGGCUUGGGCUCAGGGGCGGGGACUUCGGGGUUGGCUGCGACGCGGAUUAUGCAGGGUCCGGAUCGCGGGGGCGGGGAGUGGUCGGCUGUGCGCGCUGCGAAACGGCAGAGGGUUGAUUGUGUGGGUUCGGGUGCACUGGAAGGAAGAUCGUCUGCGCAGCAGCACCAGCACCAGCACCAGCAGGUCCCUUCUCGUCGUGUGCUGCCUCAGCCGGUUCAGCCUCGACCGCGGCCGGCGGUCGUUGACCUGACGGGUUCGUCUACUGCGUCGGUGUCGAAUUCAACUGCUACUGCUGCUGCUACCGCUACCGCUACCUACACAAGGCUGCCGAGCCACGAUCUUGGACGACAAACGGCCGACUCGAGGACAAGUGUGCAAGCUGCUAUUGCGAAGAGCAUGUCUCGCGGGGAGGGGAGUACUAUUCCUUCACAGCGACAAGUGUCGCGCAAAGAAAACAGUACUCUACACCAGCAACAGACGUCACGCAAAGAGAGCAGCAAUCCUCCUCCACAACCACAAGCAACCCGCCAAGAGAGCAGCAAUCCUCCACAGCUACCGUCGACACGCAAAGAAAGCACCUCCACGUCAGAAGAACCACCCGUCCUUCUCCGACUCUCCACCAGCAAACCCCGCAAGAAACUGAUGUACUCAGCCUUACUCCCCAAUGGCGGCGGACAACUCGCCAAACCAGCUUCACUAGCAUCAGCAUCAGCUCCAGCUCUUGCUCCAGCUCUAACACCAGCUCCCUCUAAGAAACCAGCUCCAGCUCCAGCUCCACCCAGAACCAACAAAGAACCUCCACCCCCUGCACCCCCCGCACAACCACCUACAACCACCACUCCCCCAAAACCCCACGACUUCACCCCCUCAACCUCAACCCAAACCAUCCUCAACGACCUCAUCAACGUACCACCACGCAUCCCACCCCUCCCAAGAAACCACACAGCCCCGAAACCAAACCCAAACCCAAGACCAAACAUCACGCACACCAGCCUCCGCAAGUCCUACUCCGACCCCACCGCCCUAACCACCACCACCGCCCACAGACCCAACAAUUGCAACGCCUUCACCACCGCAAUCCCACCAGACCCCGCCGACCCCUUCGACCAAGGGCCCUGGACCCGCGAGGCCUUGGAUCUCUUUGAUUUCUGGCCCGCGGGGCGGGCGAAGCCUGUUUAGUUCACUUCAUCGUAUUCUUUACUUUGGGUUGGGUUGGGGAUUGAUGGGAGGAUGGGAUGAAACAGGGGUACGGAGUAAUGGAAGGAGAGCUGUAUAUCUACGGUAUAUAUGUAUCCUGCUCGUGCUCUGCAGGAUGCGAGUGAGUGGAUGAUGAGGAUAUUACUUUCGGGUUGUGCUCUUUCCUUGAGAUAUUCUGUUUCUGUGUCCUGAUGACCUAUGAUUG